AUGUCUCAAGAUCUAUUACUGCCAGAGAUUGUCUUUCAGUGUCUUACCUAUAUUGAUCUUGCAACUCUUCCUACUUGUAUGGUAGUAUGUCGGGAAUGGCAUGAUAUGAUCAAUCAUUCACCCAUGUUGUGGCGUUUAUUGUUUGAUCAAUAUUCGGAACAAUUAUCAACAAAUCCUCGACAAGUAUUUGCUACUUUUAUGAAUCUGCCAACAACGAGUGAAGAGGAAAAUUCACUACAGGUUAAAUUUGAAGAAACUUUUAGAAAGAAGGGAUUAUUGAAUGAUGAAAAAUUGUUGAGAUCCUUGAAGUUAGAUGAUAAUCAGGCCAAGCAUGAAUUAGGAAUGCUCAUUGGAAGAAUUUAUGCUCACUGUUGGCAUGUGCAUUUGUUGGAAGAGCAUCCACCAACCAAAUACUUGGAUACCUUACUAUUUUGUGCUGGUAGAAUUGGAAAUUUCCAAUUAUAUGAGAUUGUAAGAUUGUUAGGUCUUACUCAAAAGUGUUAUCAACUCUUUAAUAUUAGUUAUAAUUAUGAAAAGAUAGAAACAUUGAGGCCUUUGUUUAGUUUGUCUUAUUUUUGUAACAUUGCUACAAUGUUAGUUAGAGAAGUUGAAGCAAAGAAAGACAAUUAUACCCAGACAUUACAGACAAUUGUUGGAUGGGAAAAUUUCAUGGUUAAAUAUUUUGAAGAAGGAAAUAAUAUCAUUCUGCCUGAAAAUUUAUUUGAGAGCGAUUCGUUUCAACGUAUGGUUUUCGAUUCCUUUGAUGACAUGAUUAGAUUUAAAGUUAUUAGAAAGGUAUUUGGUAGCAAAUGGCCUAGUGGAGAGGAGGUCAAUAACAUAUUGUUUUCUGUUUUUUUGAACAAGCUGAAUCAAAGAUUUAUGGAGAAUAAGGUGAAACCAAAUGAUUUAGUAUCCAAUAUUGACCAAUGCAUUGAAAUAUUCAAUAUUGAGAAAUGUAGUCAUGAACCAUUUAUUCAAUUAAUUGAAGGACGAUGGUAUGGACAGAUUGUAAACUUAUUUAACUCGUACAAACACUUACUUGAUGUCAAACAUGUAAAGAGACUAUUCCAAAGUGCAUUUGUUGCCACAGAUUAUCCAGACUUGAUCAAGUAUCUCGUUACUGAAUAUGAUAUUGACCCAUUGGAAUUUUUUGAUGAGAGAAAUAUCAUUGCUCAAUAUUUUGAACGAUUGCUUGAAAAUAAUGAUUACUCUCUCAGAUACAUAAUGGAUCCACUAUUAUGUGGCAGAAAAAUGAACCUUGCAGAGUUUUGUACCAAAUGCCAAGAAAAUAAUUAUCCAAAUUUGUCAAGUGUGGAGAAAGUUUUCAAUAUUAUGGAAUUAUUGGCUAAAAGUUGUCCUUCCUAUGCAUUUGUAGCUCUUAUGUCAACUUUGAAUAAUUUAUUUGAACCUCAAAUCAUAGUUAACCAUUCAAUCAUUUUUGAAAGAUUAUUAGAAUUUUAUAAUGAAGGAAAAGCUCAAUUGAGUGCCUACGAAGAGCUAUUGUACAAUACACAAAUAGUCAGUAAUUAUUCAGGUAUUAAAUAUCAGUCACUGAAAGAAAUGAUGAUUCAAGAGAGAGAAUACAAUCCAUUGUUUAGUGAAGUUCUAGAGCUUUGUGAAAAAUAUAUUAAUGAAAAGAAACAGACAGAACAGAACUAAAAUCCCAAUUCUUGUU